AUGAGGGACCGGCCGGCUCCUGCAGGCAGUCCAGCUGUCGCGGAAGAGAAGGCGGAGAGCCCAGCAGACUGGCGGUCGAGGCUGAAGCCGGUGGGCACCAAAUUCCCCCACCAAGGAGAUGCUGGAAAUGCUCCAAAGCCCACAGAAGGCCACAAACUGGUUAUCAACAAAGCCCCGAGCUCGGCACCCGAAGAAACAAAGCCAGCUUUUCCCAAAGUCUCCCUGAUGGUUCAGGACGCUGCACCAUCAGCUGACCAGCCACAGAAGAAGAGACUGUUGGUGCCCAGCCUGGAUGUCACCAGCGGUUGGCCGAAGCUGAAGCAUCAGUGGGAAGAUGCUCCGGUUCUCCGGAAGGUGGAGGAGCCAGGCUUGCCAAAGAAAGCCAUUGCAUCUGUUAAACCUUCAGCUCCGGAACCCUUCCAGAAGAAACUGAGCAGUCCGGCGGUGUCUCCAUCCAAGCUCUCCUCAGACUACAUCCCUGAGGAAGAAAUCCAGAAGGAAGUCCAGCAGAUCGGGAGAGAUCUGGAUGAGCUAGAACUGAAAGGGGUAGACAUGGAGAAGCAGUUGCGGAAAUGUGAAGGAGAUGACCGUGAGGACGCGCUGAUGGUGGAGUGGUUCAAGCUCAUCCAUGAGAAGCAACUCCUGUUGAGGCGGGAGUCAGAGCUGAUGUACAGGUCAAGACAACAGAAACUAGAGGAGAGGCAGUGGAACAUCGAGACCGAACUCCGGAACCUCAUGAAUAAACCCGAAUCCCUGAAGACCCCCAAGGACAAAGCCCAAGAAGAAGAACUGCUCAAGUCCUAUCUGGCCAUCAUUGAUGGCCGGAAUGAGAUUGUGGAGAACUUGGACGAGGACCGGAUCAGGACCCUGGCCAACCUCUUCGAAAGAGGGGUCUGGCUGUACCUCAUGGAUCAUGUCACUGCGGCCGUGUGGUAA